GGCAGGGUAACGGUGUGGGGUCUGCGCUCGGUCUCCUUCUGUUUUUAUACUUAAUUUUAACCAUAAACGAUUAAAAUAAACACAGAUUUCUUUUAUUUUCCGAAGCAGGACUGUUUGUUGUUAGAUUACUCGGUGAUAAAUCUGUGUUUGAUAUCGUAAUUCGGUCGGAAAGCCGCUUUUGUUCGUGUUUGCGGUUUUGUUCCUUUCUGGAUUUGACUGAUGGAAUGACGGAGUGUGUGGAGGAAGAGCAGAGAGCUUAAACACACACACACACACACACACACACACACACUGGGACAUGGAGAACAAAGAUCUGGAGAUGAGCUUGGAGGAGAAACUGACUCUGAGUGAUAAAGGUCUCAGUAGCUCUCGCAUAGACUCGACUCAGAGGCCAGAGAAGCAGAACGAGGAGCUCCUGAAAGCCGACGACACCACAGUCACCGAUUCCUCUCUGAUCACUGACCCGCCCUCCAAAACAGAACCAUCCGGAAAAUCGGGCAGCAGACCCAGCACGCCAGGAAACAGCACCACCCCUCAGAACAAAAAAGAUGGCAUGAGCUCGGAGCAGAAACAGAAGCUGGCUAAACAGAGGAGAGACGAGAGAGCCAAAUACCUGGAACAGAGAACGCAGGAGCAAGCGAUGAAGAAAGCUCAGUGGCUGGAGAAGGAGGAGAAGGCUCGGCGUCUGAGGGAGAGUCAGCUGGAGGAGAGGAGGAGGAGGCUGGAGGAGCAGAGACUCCGGGCGGAGAAACGCAGGGUUCUGCUUGAGGAGAAGCAGAGACAGAAACUGGAGAAGAACAAGGAGAGAUACGAAUCAGCUAUCAAACGCUCGACUAAGAAGACGUGGGCCGAGAUCAGACAGCAGCGAUGGUCCUGGGCUGGAGGACUGAACCAGACAUCUCGCAGAGAGAGCAGAUGCUCGUCCUCCACCGUAAACCUGCCACGGCAGACAGAGCCUGUCAUUAGCAACAGGCUGUCCAAGUCGUCUGCGACGCUGUGGAACUCGCCCAAACGAACUCGUAGUCUGCGCCUGAGCCCAUGGGAGAGUCGCAUCGUGGAGAGACUCAUGACCCCAACACUGUCUUUCCUGGCCAGAAGCCGCAGCGCCGCCACACUCCUGAACAGCAGCGACCCCAAUCAGUGUUCCCGGUCUCCGUCUGCGUCUCCGUUAGCCGCCUGCUCCCACCAGCACAACACAGACCGCUGGAGUUCAAGCACACCGGACAUCACACAGCGCCAACGCGGACGCAACUCCACACCGGCUAAAAAGGAGAAGAAGGACAAGGAGAGAGAGAAUGAAAAAGAGAAGAACGCCAUCAGUAAAGAGAAAGUGCAGAAGAAGAGACAGUCCCAGUCGAUCCCACGACCUGAACCUGAGCUCAGGAGUCGUCCCCUGUCCCCUAGUCCUACCAUAUCCCCCAAACCACCAUCCAUCUCCACCUCAGGACGAAAUCCUCCAGGGACUAAAAUUCGGCCCAGACGCCCUCAGACUCCGGCUCGAGUGCAGAAAGAAGAGAAACAAUCCGGACGUACUAAAGAUGCCAAGAUUCCUGCCAUCACAGUCUCUACCUCUCCGGUAACACCAGCUCCUGCCACGCAGCCAAUCACAGCACGUCCUCAGACCCCAGAGUCCACGCCCACUUCUCCACCUGACCCCACCCCUCCGGUUACCAAGUCAACAGCGGGUACUACAGACCCGGAGGAGGCGACCCGAGUGCUGGCAGAGAAACGACGGCAAGCUCGAGAGCAGAGAGAGAGAGAAGAGCAGGAAAGACUGGAGCAGGAGCAGAGAAACAGAGCUCUACAGGAAGAGCGUGCCCAGCGUGAGGAGGAGGAGAGGAAGCACAGAGAGGAAGAGGAGAGGUUAACGGCAGAGAGACAGCGUCUGCAAGAGGAGAAGGAAGCGCAGGAGAGAGCUCACGCCGAGCAGGAGGAGAACAUACGUCUCCAGAAACAGAGAGAGGAGGCGGAGUCAAAGGCUCGAGAAGAGGCGGAGCGUCAGCGUCUGGAAAGGGAGAAGCAUUUUCAGAAAGAGGAGCAGGAGCGUCUGGAGAGGAAGAAGCGUCUGGAGGAAAUCAUGAAGAGAACCCGUAAGAGCGACGCAGGAGACAAGAAAGAGGCCAAAGCUCCAGCGCAGAUCAACGGCAAAGACACAAGUUCCGUCACUGCUCUGAAUCCGUCAGUCAAUCACAGCAACGGCACUCCAGCUUUAAACUCCCAGGGACAGAUGAACACCAGCCCCGUGUCCUGGACCUCUGGACCUCCUGUAGUAAACGGUGUCCAGGACACCAGACACCACAACGGUCUGUCGUCUGACAGGACAGCUGACUUCGAGGAGAUCAUCCAGCUGACCAAUCACAACAUCAGCAACAGCAGCAACGGGCAGGGCCAAUCACAGAACAGCAUCACGCCCGACCCCAUCAAGGCUUUCGAAGGAGGGGAGCCCUUCAUUAUAAAGGCGGGGCCGAUGAAACCUCAGCACGUGGCAGAAGUGCUGUGAGGAAGCAGACGAGGCUUUACCGCCGUGUACACGAGGCAGAUGAAAGCUGGGAGUGUGUGUGUGCCAAACCGUCAGAGAGAGACCACUUUAACUGAAAGACAGAAAGACGUGGACCUUCAUCUUACUUAUGUACCAUAUAAGAAAAUAAACCCAGUGUUUUCUGUCUUUCUCACUGCGUAUGAUGGUGCAGCAGUGUUCAGUUUUAAUCCACAACGUCAUCCAGAGUCGUCGUGUUGCACCUUAAAGACUGCGUGACGGAAUUUAGAGACAAAAGUUGCAGAAGCAUUACGAUAUUUGAGUAUUGUUAUGAGAAUUAAUUAUUGUUAUUGUCGUUGUUCUUAUACUAUAUCAGUAUUUUUCUUUUCAAUUCAGAAAUGAACACAGUGUAUGUGUGUGUGUGUGUGUGUGUGUGUGUGUGUGUGUGUGUGUGUGUGUGUGUCUUGAAUUCUUGAGUUAUUUAACUUGAGACACAGCCGAGAAAGAGAGAGAGGUGAGGAUUGAUUAUGUAAAUGUAUAUUUGCCUGACCUGUGUAAUAAAUCUUUACUAAAAA